CAGGAGAUCCAGAAAGCAAAAACCUGCCCCUGCUCACACGCGUCACCACCACCAGCACCAGCAGCACCAGAGAGGCUGGCGCAGACAACGAGACCUCGGUUGACACAUACACAUCACCCACUGGCACUUCCAGAUCAUCAGGCCAUGCAACAAUAACACAGCAACAAACCGGGGACGAGCCAUCGCACUGCGACGAGGAGGAGAUCUGCUGCAGCUGCUCAGGAAUGUCCACCAACCGUGCAGCCCUGAACACAACAUGAAGCGCAAGAGCGAGAGGAGACGAGCCGAGUCGAGGAAGAAGCGAUGUGCAGCUGCCAGCAGCUCAGAGGCGGAGCCACACUCUGAUAUGUACACUGAGAUAACAGAUCAACUCUAUUUCGCCAUACUAAAGCAGAAGAUCAAGAGCACAGCUGAACGACACUGCUUCUGCAUAGAUGAAGAGCUAGCAUAUGAGAACUUCUAUGCGGACUUUGGUCCCCUUAACCUGGCCAUGUUUUAUCGCUUCUGUUGCAAGCUGACAAAGAAGCUCAAGUCCAUUACGCUGUCAAGGAAGAAGAUCAUAUUUUACACUUGUGGAGAUCAGAAGAAACAAGCCAAUGCUGCCUAUCUAAUGGGCUCAUAUGCAGUAAUGAAUCUGAACAUGAUGCCAGAGGAGGUCUACAGUCUGCUGGUGUCAAGGAAUUCAACAUAUAUUCCAUUCAGAGAUGCUUCAUUUGGAACCUGCUUGUACAAUCUGAACAUCCUAGAUUGCCUUCGUGGUGUUCACAAGGCUCUGCAGUACGGCUGGCUCGACUUCUCCAACUUUGAUGUGGAAGAAUAUGAGCACUAUGAGAGAGCAGAAAACGGAGACUUGAACUGGAUCAUUCCAGGAAAGUUUCUUGCAUUCAGUGGGCCUCAUCCAAAAAGCAAAAUAGAAAAUGGGUACCCUUUGCACGCUCCUGAGGCCUACAUCCCAUACUUCAGGAAUCAUAACAUCACCACUAUCAUCAGACUCAACAAGAAGAUGUACGAUGCCAGGCGUUUCACGGAAUCUGGCUUUGAGCACCACGAUCUGUUCUUUGUGGACGGGAGUACACCGAACGAUGCCAUUGUCAGGAAGUUCCUCAACAUCUGCGAGAACGCAGAAGGAGCCAUUGCUGUCCACUGCAAAGCUGGUCUAGGGAGGACUGGCACUCUGAUUGGCUGUUAUAUGAUGAAACAUUACUGCCUGAGUGCUGCAGAGGCCAUUGCUUGGAUACGGAUCUGCCGACCAGGGUCCAUCAUUGGGCCUCAGCAGAACUUUGUUGAAGAUAAGCAGAACAGUCUGUGGGCAGAGGGAGAUGUUUUCCGGGAGAAGAUGCUAAAUGAACGAGAGAAUGGCAAGAUGGCUGUAACCAGGAUCCUCUCUGGUGUGGACGACAUCACCAUUAACGGGAGCAACAAAAACCGGACAUCCAAGAAGGAAGAGAUGGACCUGUACAACGAUGAUGAGGAGAGAAACGGCCUCACACAGGGUGAUAAACUGCGAGCCCUGAAGAGCAAGAGGCAGGCCAGAUCGUCCUCAGGCUCACUAUCACAAGAAGAGAAUAAGAUUCACACCAGGUCGUCAUCACAGUCCCUAAGGGUCAUAUUGCAAGCCAGUGUUCAGGGCUGUAAGGCCAGCGUCAACCCCAUGGCUCUGUCUGACCAAUCAGACAGCAGGAAGAGGACCAGAACCUCACUACCAGCCAACGGAGUAGGAGAAAGCUCCCUGUGCCACACCAGACUGGUCAGGUCCCUAGGCAACUUGCAUGUAGUGGCUGGCGACAGGGACCCAAUGUGUUGGGAGCCAUGUGGCAGCCAUAGAGACACAGCCAACAGUGCCUCAGCCAACACUGGCUCUCUCAUCAACUUAAACAUGGCACAGGUCCACCUGCAGACGCACCGUCUCCAGAGGACGUAAAUCUCGUAGCUCUUUGCAAUCAAUUCGAUUUUCCAGGCUAUGUCACUCCAUACCCAAAGCUAGAGCUCCUCUACUUCGGUGAGCCUGCAGAUCCUGAAACCCAGAGGAACUUAACAUGAAAUCCAACUUCUGUACAGCUGUACUACUCUUUCAAUAGAUUUAAGUUUGAGGGAAAAGGUCAGAACAAACGUUAACUGACUUGAUGUGACAUGUAAAACAUUUGAUUACAACUUAUUUUACCCGUAAUGCACUUUUGGUUUUUAUAUUUUUAACGAAGCAUCAUGAAACAUACUAAUAGAUUUAAUCAUUGCCUGGUUGUUCCUACUUAGUGAAGCAUGCAGUAGCAAACAUCAGACUGGCAUGUGAAUCCAUGAUAUCCUACAAAAUUAGCACUGUGCAGCAGAUAUUCUGGUUUAGAAGAUGCAGGAUUCACAUUCAGUUAGAAUGCAUUUGUAGAUGAUUUGGCCAGGAGUUUGGCAUAAAAAGCUGCUCUUGGCCCUCUGUGGCACGAGGCUCAGGUUCCUGAGAGGCCUGGGAUAGUUGAAACAUCAAGUCCAUCACCAGAUGUAGUACUGUGCUCAUGUGCACCUCCAUUCUCAAUAUCCAGCUUGCCAUUUACUUGUGAAGCUUUUCAGCUACUGUAUUUCCAGACUGUAAAUAUGUCAACAUUUGAUAUACUCAGUUUGUAUUUUUUAAAUAUUUUGUACUAUGUUUGAAAUGUUAUGAAAUAAGUCAGUGGUCCUAAUGGGGCCUUGUCUAACUCAUGUUCAUAAUCCACUCAAGACAUUUGCUUGAAGCACAUAGAAUCAGACUUUUUAAAUAAAAAUGUACUCCCAAGUA